AUGCCAAACGAGCACUUGCAAGACUGGACGGAGAUGGACCACAUGUUUGACAGCUUUGGAAAUGGUAUGAGCUACCUGCCUGAGCGAAAUAAGGCGGAUAUACGGUUCUACUGCGAUGACGACGAUUACGGUGAAGGGAAGCGGUGGACCAUCACGCCUGACGAUCCAGACGACCCAGCCGAUGUGAAAAAUAGCCUCUUGCCGCGGACUGGACCGAAGACUGGCCCAGGGUCAGAAGGUCCAUUUCAACAGUGGCAAGACACGAAGAACUGGAUCAGGAUGGGUCGUGGCCAUAUGGGCUGCAAACAUCCUGAGCCCGAGGACAACCGUGUGAUGGGAAUAGUGCAUUUUAGGAAAUUCGAGGUUGAAAACAUGACGCCUGCUGAUAUAAAUCCAGACCGGUGUACCGUAACCCUUUGCGAUUUCAAGCUUUCGAAGACGAAAUAUGGAGUGUCGGAAGGCGAGGCUCCGGAAUCAGAGGUUGAUGUUGCAGACCUGCAAAAGUACCUCGACAAAGAUGAAAUCAGUAUACAGAACUCGCUGGAGGUUCAUGAUGCCCUAUUGUCUGGCACGCUCUUGCAUGAGUUGACCCACAUAACCAAACCCGGAAUGGACACCGAUGACCAUACAUACAAUUACAAGAAAAUGAUCCAACUGACAUCCGCCCAAGCUCUUGAUAACGCCGAGACAUACGCCAUUUACGCGUUCAUUGCUCGGUUGGCUGAUUUCAAGUUCAGAGUGGAUAAUCUUGACGAAGGUACAAUUCGGUAUGACAAAGACCUCGAAACAGUUGGAGGCGAAGAUCUCAUGCCUGAUCCUGUUGACUUGCCACGCCCGCCCAUUAUAGAAUCUGGGCUGAGACCCGGAGCAGAAGCUAUGAGGGAUGCUACUAUAGCCGUUUGA